ACACCGGAGUCACUUCCGAAGAGAGAGAACCGCCAUGAAGAGAGAAGGGGGUGCCGCCCACCUCUGCUCCGACAGCCUCCCCGAGUCCCAGCAGCAAGACGGCAACCACGCACCCAACUUCUCCAGCCACAGCACAUGCCGCCGUCGCCAGCGGCGCCGACAUGACAAGGCGCUGCAUGCCCGCUAGGCCAGGUUUCCCCUCAUCCCCAGCCCCGGGGUCGUCGCCCCCGCGCUGCCAUCUGAGACCCGGUAGUACCGCCCCUGCUGCAGCGGGAAAGAGAACAGAGAGUCCUGGGGACAGGAAGCAGUCAAUUAUAGAUUUCUUCAAACCAGCUUCAAAACAAGAUAGACAUAUGUUGGAUUCUCCACAAAAAUCGAACAUCAAAUAUGGAGAAAGUGGAUUGUCCAUCAGUGGGACAGAGCAGUUUGAAAGGAAACUAUCCUCACCAAAAAGAUCUAAACCCAAAAGGGUGCCAUCAGAAAAGAGCCCCGUCUUAGAGGCAUUCAUGAAAGGUGUUAAAGAGCACCAUAGAGAUCAUGGUGUACAUGAGUCACGUCAGCCUUGUGUGUCACUGGCCACCAAAUGUCCAAAGGCAGUUACAAAAUACGUUCCUCCUUCAUAUCUCUUGUCAAAAGAGACGAAGAAAAAACAUCAGUCUCCAGAGGGAAGGAAGUCACAUUUCAUUCAUGAAAAUAGCAGGGAGAAGAAUGAUGGAGAUCGAGGCAAAAUCAGUGCAGAUUCUAAAAAGCAGGCCGCGGUGACAGAAGCUGACAUCUUCAAGAACAGCUCCAGAAGUCUUAGCAGCAGGAGCAGCCUGUCCAGGCACCACCCAGGAGAAAGCCCACUGGGAGCUAAGUUCCAGUUGUCUCUAGCUUCUUACUGCAGAGAAAGAGAACUAAAGAGGUUGAGAAGGGAGCAAAUGGAGCAGAGAAUCAACUCAGAAAAUUCUUUCUCAGCAGCAAGCACUCUUUCCUUAAAAUCCUCUAGUAUAGGAAGAAGAUGCAAACCAAGGCAGGAACAGAGUAAACAGAAUGAUGUCACAGCCGGAAAUAGUAAUCUUUCAAACCUGGAAAAUGGACCUCUCUCAAGAAAAAGAUCCUCUUCUGAUUCAUGGGAACCUGCCUCAGCAGGCUCUAAGCAGAAUAAAUUCCCUGACAAAAGAAAAAGGAACUCUGUGGACUCAGAUCUGAAAAGCACAAGAGAAUCUAUAAUGCCAAAAGCAAAAGAGUCCUUCCUUGAGAAGCGUCCUGAUGGACCACAUCAGAGAGAAAAAUUUAUAAAACAUAUUGCACUGAAGACACCUGGUGGUGUAUUGCGCUUGGAAGAUAUAUCCAAGGAACCGAAUGAAGAAGCUGAUUGCUCCUCUGCAGGCUUGGCACCUUCAAAUACUGGGCACCAUUCUUCCAGGAAUAGUGACCAAAUUCGUGUGGCAAGUACCAAAGAGACUAAGAUGCAGAAACCCCACUUACCUUUACCUCAGGAAAAGUCUGCAGUUAAAAAAGCUAGCAACCUUCAGAAAAAUAAAACUGCUAGCUCUGUGGCAUCACAGGAGACAAAACUUCUACCUUUACUUUCCCAUGUUCCAAGUGCUGGUUCCUCUCGGGUUCCAUUAAAUGCUAAAAAUUGCACUCUUCCAGUUCCUAAAAAAGAUAAAGAGCGUUCCUCAUCUAAAGAAUGUUCUGGGCAUUCUACAGAGUCCUCCAAACACAAGGAACACAAAGCAAAGACUAAUAAGGCUGAUUCUAACGUAUCUACAGGGAAAAUUUGUGGGGGAUCUUUGCGUUCAGAAUAUGGCACUCCUACAAAGUCUCCCCCGGCUGCUUUGGAAGUUGUGCCAUGUAUUCCGAGCCCAACAGCACCUUCAGAUAAAGCCCCUUCAGAUAAAGAGAGUUCAGGAAAUUCCAAUGCAGGUAGCAAUGCACUGAAAAGAAAACUAAGGGGUGAUUUUGAUAGUGAUGAAGAAAGUUUAGGUUAUAACCUAGACAGUGAUGAGGAAGAGGAAACAUUAAAAUCACUGGAAGAAAUAAUGGCUUUGAACUUCAAUCAGACUCCUGCAACUACAGGAAAGCCUCCUGCUCUUUCUAAGGGGCUUAGAUCUCAGUCAUCAGACUAUACAGAACAUGUUCAUAGUGGAACUUACACAAAUACUUUAGAGCGUCUAGUGAAGGAGAUGGAAGACACACAAAGGCUAGAUGAACUGCAGAAGCAACUACAGGAAGACAUAAGGCAGGGCCGAGGCAUUAAAUCUCCAAUCAGAAUUGGCGAUCAAGACAGUACAGAUGACGAAGAUGGCCUCUUAGAAGAGCACAGAGAAUUUCUAAAGAAAUUUUCAGUUACAAUUGAUGCUAUUCCUGAUCAUCAUCCAGGCGAAGAAAUAUUUAAUUGCCUUAAUUCUGGAAAAAUUUUCAAUCAGUAUACCUUGGAUUUAAGAGACUCUGGUUUUAUCGGACAAAGUGCUGUAGAAAAGCUUAUUCUUAAAUCAGGAAAAACAGAUCAGAUUUUUUUGACAACACAAGGCUUCCUUACCUCUGCUUAUCACUAUGUCCAGUGUCCUGUACCUGUGUUAAAGUGGCUGUUUCGGAUGAUGUCAGUUCAUACAGACUGUAUUGUGUCUGUGCAGAUUUUAAGUACAUUAAUGGAAAUAACAAUAAGAAAUGAUACCUUCAGUGAUUCACCAGUUUGGCCUUGGAUCCCAUCAUUGUCUGAUAUAGCUGCUGUGUUUUUCAAUAUGGGAAUUGAUUUUAAAUCUUUGUUCCCUCUGGAGAAUCUUCAGCCAGACUUUAAUGAAGAUGAUCUAGUUUCUGAAACACAGAUGACACUGGGGGUGACAGGAAGUGAAGAUUCUUCUUGUAAGCCAAUAUUUUCAUCUCUCCCUGAAACCAACAUUUUAAAUGUGGUCAAGUUUCUAGGCUUGUGUACAUCUAUACAUCCGGAAGGUUACCAGGAUUGUGAAAUAAUGUUACUGAUUUUAAUGUUGUUUAAAAUGAGUCUGGAAAAACAACUGAAACAGAUUCCUCUAGUAGACUUUCAAAGCCUCCUGAUAAACCUGAUGAAAAACAUCAGAAAUUGGAAUACAAAGGUGCCUGAACUCUGUCUGGCCAUAAAUGAACUCUCCAGUCAUCCCCACAACCUUCUGUGGUUGGUACAGCUGGUCCCUAACUGGACAUCACGUGGAAGGCAACUGAGACAGUGCCUCAGCCUAGUGAUUAUUUCAAAGCUUUUGGAUGAGAAACAUGAAGAUAUCCCAAAUGCGAAUAAUCUGCAGAUAUCAGUCUUGCAUCGCUAUCUUGUGCAAAUGAAGCCUUCAGAUUUGUUGAAGAAAAUGGUCUUGAAGAAAAGGGCUGAACAACCAAAUGGCACUAUUGAUGAUAAUCUUCAUUUGGAACUUGAAAAGCAGGCAUAUUACCUGACCUACAUUCUUCUUCAUUUAGUCGGUGAAGUUAGUUGUUCUCACUCUUUUUCUUCUGGACAACGGAAACACUUUGUGCACCUCUGUGGGGCUUUAGAAAAGCAUGUUAAGUGUGAUAUUAGGGAAGAUGCAAGACUGUUUUAUAGAACUAAGGUAAAAGACUUGGUUGCCAGGAUACAUGGAAAAUGGCAGGAAAUAAUCCAGAACUGUCGACCUACUCAGGGGCAGCUUCAUGACUUCUGGGUACCAGAUUCUUAACAGGAGUUGCAGCAGCAAAAUUAUGAACCAAGAGAAAUUCAAUAAGAGUCUUUCCUAAAGGAGUAGAAAGUAGUACAGAACCCAGUGGAAGGCCAAGAAAAUGUUCAGCAAAUGUGCUACUUGAAUAUCUAGUAUGAAGCUGGUAAUGAAGAAAUUGCCAUUUCUGAAGCAGAUACGAAAUGCGAUCCGCUUAAAAAGGCAACCAGCCUUUUAAAAGAGCAGAAUCCCAUAACAAGAAGGGAGGGGUGGAAGCAGCUGAUAGUUGCAUGUCUAACCUUCCCCUGUUAACUCUUGUUAAAUUUUAAGCCAGUUAUCUUUUUUGUUUGUUUGUUUGGAUUGUAUUUGCGGCACUUGGAUAAUCACAGAAAGGAUGGAAGAAAGGGUUUGGAUGAACUUGAGGAGAUGGACAUGGAAACCAAGAUCAAGUUCCAGUUUGGUUUAAUUUUCCAUCUUGGUUAUUUUACGACUCAAAGGGAACACUUAGAACUGAGUUUACUAAUAGAAAGGAUAAAUCUCUUCUAUUACUCCUGCAAACCACUGGCGGGUUUUAAUCCAUGCAUUUUUCUUGGCUAUUCAAGAUUAUAAAUCUGUUGGGUUUUUAAAAUACAUCAAAACAAACAGUUGAGAAACAGAAGUUUGGUAUAUUGUCAGAUCCCCUUAAGGGGAAGAGUUUAAGCUAUAAAAUAGUGGCUCUGUUUUUAUUCCAAAACAUACAUAUGCAGUUUGUUUUGGAUUUUCUUUAAGUGCAUAUAUAUAUAUAUAUAUAUAUGUGUGUGUAUAUAUAUAUAUAUAUAUAUAUAUAUUUUUUUUUAAUACUGGUUAAAUUUUAGAAUCUUGGCUAAAUCUUAGAAUUCUGGCCCUUUGUAGCCAUAUUACAGAAGUCUAUAUUGUAAAAGCUUAAAGAUCUGGACAAGUUUCCAAAAACCUUACUUUCAUGAGUAUAUAACCUUGGCAGAGACCUGAAUGGCAUUUAUUCUUUGGUACACUACGCACGCGUGUGUAUUUGUGUGCACAUGUGUGCUUGUAUUUUAAAUUUGUUGCACUUGAAAACCACAGCUGCUCUAAAUUCUUAAACACUGGAAAGCCAUCCUUUGGUUUAAAUGGUGGAGGGUUAGUAGAAGUGCACAUGCUGGUCUUAGCCUAAGGGCCUUUUGAAGCCUUUGGUAGUAAUAGCCUCUUACUAGCUAACUGAAAAAUUCUUUUGUUGACUGUCCCUUUUAGGAGGGUUUGUUUCUUGAAAGAUAAUGCCAGCUUUGUUUUCCUUUCUUUCAAUAUUGACUUGGAUGACACUGCUCUCCUGAGCACUCUGCUUCCUCCAAUUGUGGGGGAAGGAUGAUGGAGGGGAAGGGAAUUGGGCUUGACGUUUAAAUGGGUUUGAGAGGGGAGAAAAUAAAUUUUGAAAACUAGCUUUCUACCUCUAAAUUGAGGCUUAGGAGUAAAAACCAUUUUAUCUUAAAUUUAUCAUUUAAAAUAGUAUCAGUAACUUUUGAGCCCAUGUCAAGCAUUGAGCAGUUAGAGAUUUUAUAGGGAAGACUAAGUUAAUCCAGUUCCCAAGAACCCAGGCUGAAUGAGGCUUCAAGAGUCAGACCAACAAAAGUUUUAUUCUGUGUUGAGUUUACUGGUAAGAAUAUUAUUAUCUUGAUACUACCUCUCAAGGGUAUUGUUAGAAAAUGCCACUUAUGGUUAAUGAGAUAGAUACAAAGAGUUAUAUUGACAGAAGCUUGAAACUCUGGCAUCUAUCUGCCCAACAAUGGGGGCUUUCACUCUCUGUAAUUUAAUACUUUGUAGAUACAUUAUUUGUGUGUAAUUUUAUAAGUGUCCAUAUUUUUCUCAUUUUGCAUUGUGUAAAGUGUACAAUAUCUCAAAGUAUAAAAUACUGCUUAUAUUGCUUGUAAUUACAGUGUGUAAAUAUUUUCUAAUUGUGUACAUUGACAGGGGGACAAGUGGGUUAUUCAGGUUUUUUUUUUUUGAGUGACCCUUUUGUAUUGCAGUUUCAACAGAUAACUGCCCAUCAAAUUUAAAACCACUUUGAUACAUUUUUAUUUAGCAGUUCCAAUAAGAAAAGUCUCUAUUUUUAAUUGUCUUUCUCCAUUAGAGAAAAAUACUUCAUCUGUCCCUUUAAAAUCAAUGGCCAAACAUCAGUUGGGACCCUUGUAUUUAUGACUUUGGUAGGUGUCUUUAGUCUCCAGGUCAUAUUCCAGCCAGUAUUUGCAUUGGGGUUCUCAAAAAUUUUUGUGAGUCUCUUUAGCACAAUUAGCCCAUGGUUUUUCUCCCAAAUUAAGUAUUAUCCUUCUCCCUCUGAGUCCCCAUGCUUUGUCUCCCUCCUGCUGCUGUUGCCCAGUGAAUGGGAUGGUAGUGGGGGAGAAUAUGUUCAUUGCACAGAGAAUGUCAGGCCACUUUUUUGGACUUGGCAAACAAAGCUUGCACUGAGUGGUGGUGUGUUUGGCAAUAUUACUGUGCCAAAAAUCACCUUGUCUAAUUUUCUGGAUAUGUAUGUCAAACUUAUUACCCUUAUUGCAAGCUGAAAAAUAAGGUACUUGUGUUUAUGCUUCUGUGUGUAACUGUUUGCCUUUUCUAAACUGCUUUUCUUGUUAUCCUAAAAUAUAAUUCUGUUGGGUAUAUCAAGUUAAAUGAAGAGGCUUUCCAUGCACAAAAUGCAUCUAUGUAGCAGUAAAGUAACAGCAUUUGUACAUUUUCUGUCUAUCUCCUGAGGGCAGUGGUGCCUUUGUCACCUUUUAGAAGGCUGGCAUUGUGUUUUUGUUUUGAAGUACAAGUAAUAGCUUGCUUUGGACUUCACAAAAAUCUCCCCAGAUGUAGAAGAAAAUGGUGUGUUGUCAUCCAGGCUCAGUUGGAGCAUUUGUAUUUUUAUUUCUGUCAAAACAAGUAUAGUUGGUGGGGACUGGCCAGUAAUAAUGUGUGGAGUCUUUAAACCAAGAGUAGUUUUCAAAUUUAAAAAAACAAAAAUUUAAGAGGUGACCCAUUAACAAGUGACUGAGUUGGAGAAUUAGGGGAGGACUGUUCUGGUUUGUCUCUAAGGAGACAAGUUAGGGUACAGGUGGCUUGGGCAUAUAGAGCAUGAUCUGCAGUUAUUUCUUAUUCAUUAACAGUGUUGGUGCACCUCCUUAUCUGUGUGUUUGUUUUCCCUGGGCAAUCCUAUCAGCCAGUUAAUCCACCAGCUUUUAUGAAGUUUACAAGUAAAUGCAGAUUUCCUUUUUCUUUCCUCUUUUUUUUUAAUUUUAUACUAUUUACAUCUUGUUUUAAGUCCUAUGAAUGUAUGUGUCUGUUAUUAAAAUGGCUUUUUCUUCA